AUGACAGUGAGUUGCAAAAAUGAAGCUUGUAAUUGGAGGCUUCAUGCUUCAUUAUUAUGCGAUGGUCAUAUAUUUCAGGUUAAAAAAUUAAAGGAACCUCAUACAUGCUCAUCUAUAAACAAAUGUGGCAACAAGGUGGCUCCACAAUUUUGGAUAUAUGAUAGGAUCAUUGGUUGGCUACGAAAAGAGGGUGACCUGUCGCCUAUUGAGCUAAGAAGGAGAUUGUUGCAAUUCCAUCAUCUUAAGCUUCCAUACCACAGAGUUUGGCGAGAAAAGGAGCUUGCCAUGUCUAUGAUUCAUGGCAAUUGGGCAGAUUCUUUUGAGAGCAUGGAGGAUUUCAAGGAGGAGCUUUUGAAAAGAAACCCGGAUAGUGUAGUAAAGCUAAAGUUAGAUGUGACUGGUGAUAAGCAUUACUUCCAUCGCUUCUUUAUUUGUCUACAUGCUUGCAGUAUGGGCUUUUUAGCUGGUUGUAGGCCUUUUAUAGGCCUAGAUGGUUGCCACUUAAAGAAGAAGUAUAGGGGUGUGAUAAUGGCUGCUACAUCACUUGAUGGAAAUAAUGGUUUGUUUCCAGUUGCUUUUGGUGUUGCAGAAUCUGAAAAUAGUGAUAGUUGGACUUGA